UUGAGUUUCAUGCAAGAAACCCAAAAGUGAUUAAUAUAUAAAAGUGUUACACUCUCUAUAAUCAUAAUAUUCUCUCCAUUAUAUAAAUAGAGAUCUUCAAUAUAUCUCAUUGUUCUCAACUCUAGUACUCAAAACUAUACUCUUAAAAAAAAUUGUUUGAUAACAUAUAAUUUCAAUAUGGCAAAUCCACCAACUCAACAAACGACUGUGGUGACCAAGCCACCACCAAGAAACCACAUCCUUCGUUGGGUGGCUACAUUCAUUUUAGGGCUAAUAAUCCUAGUUGGAUUGGCUGUGCUCGUAAUAUGGCUUGUCGUCAAGCCAAAACGAUUCAUUUUCAGCGUCGAAGAUGGUUCAGUCAACAACUUCAAAAUCUCCAACGACAAUCAUCUAAAUGCAUCGUUUAACUUUGCUGUUCGGUCAUAUAACCCUAACUCCAAAGUCUCUGUCUACUAUGACUCUAUUGAGUCUAGGCUUGAUUACGAUGACCAAACCCUAGCCUUCAAUGUGGUGAGCCCUUUCUUCCAACCUCAUCGCAAUGUGACUCGCCUCCAAGUCAAACUCACAGCCUCGUACACAACUCUACUUAGCUCGGUCUCUAAAGACUUGAGGCUCGAGAAGAAGUCUGGAAAGAUCGAGCUCAAUCUCUCGCUUAAGGCAAGGAUUAGGUUUAAAGUAGGUGUUUGGAAAUCUUCUCAUCGAACCUUAAUUGUAUUUUGUCCCUCUAUUUUGAUUGACUUUUCUAAGUCCAAGACUUUCGAUAGAACUAAUUGUAGCGUUGAUCUUUGAUUUUUUAGACAUUUCUAAUAGAAGUACGAAAAAUUCGAAUUAUCGAAAAACUCGUUUUCUAUUAAAGUAUAAUGAUAUGACGAUAAACACAAAAUUUAUUCUCAAAACUAUGUUUGAGUAUAAUUAGUGUUUAUCGCAUUCAUUUUAUUAUUUUUUCUAUCAAUGAUUUCAAGUAGUAAUUUGACUAAUUAGGGUUGAGUUACGACUCAAAUCUUUGAUAGUAUUACGAUCGAGUGAUGUGUGUAAUAAUUGGUUUUUGUAAAAUGAUUGAUUUGUGUUUGAAGUGUUAAUUUGUUAAUUUUGUAUCGAGUUGUAUGGUGGUGAUUGUGUCAAUAGAGAGAUAUUGUAUUUGGUGUUUUCUUUAGUUGAAAUUAUUUGUAAUCUUUGUAUAAAUUUAAAAGAUGGGAUUUACAUAUUCAUAAAUUUCUUAUAUAA